GAUUUACAUAACUAUCCGUCCAUCCUAAAGGACAAAACCCUAAUAAACCCAAUUGGGGAAGAGAGAGCACAGAGGCAACACAAUCCCCAAUUAUCAACAAACCCUAGCCUUGUUAAUUGCGUCGUACAUCAAUGGCGAAGAAGAGAAAGUCAAUCUCUACACCAUCUUCUUCAAAGCCCCAAUUAGAUGAACCCCAACAACAAAACUCUAAGAAAAUCCCCAAAAUUGAAGAACAAAGAGAGAAAGAGAAGGAAAAACAAGAAGAGCCAGCCGUCAUAGAAGAAGAGGAGGAGGAAGAAUCGGAAGAAGAAGUUGAAGAGGAGGAGGAGGAGGAGGAAGAAGAUGAAGCGGUGAAAACGGAGAAAUUGAAUGAAUUGCUUCAGCCGUUUAGUAAGGACCAGAUUAUUGAGUUUUUGAAAAUCGCUGCGCUGAAGGAUAAGAAAUUGCUAGAUAGGAUUACUGAGUUUGCUGAAUCUGACCCGGCUCAUCGGAAGGUGUUUGUUCAUGGUCUUGGUUGGGAUGCGACUUCUGAUCAGGUGUUCUCGACGUUUAGUCAGUUUGGGGAAAUUGAGGAUUGUAAGGUUCCUACUGAUAAGGCGACUGGGAGAGUCAAGGGUUUUGCUUUUAUUCUUUAUAAGACUCGUGAGUCGGCGUUGAAGGCGCUUAAGGAGAAGCAGAAGAAGAUUGGGAAUCGGAUGACUUCAUGCCAGCUGGCGUCUGCUGGACCGCCUGGGACGAAUGGGGUUCAGGACCCGAGUGGGAGGAAGAUUUUCGUGGCUAAUGUGGGUGCUCAUGUGAGUCCGGAUGCGCUUAAGUUGUUUUUUGGGAAGUUUGGGGAGUUGGAGGAAGGGCCUUUAGGCAUGGAUCCGGUUACAGGGAAGUUUAAGGGGUUUAGUAUUUUUGUUUAUAAAAAUGCUGAUGGGUGUAAGAAGGCUUUGGAGGAGCCGGUUAAGAUGUUUGAUAAUUGCAGGUUAGAGUGUCGGCUUGCGGUGGAUGGUUUGAAGAAUAAUAAGAAUCAAAACCAGGCGAGGGUGUUGAGUAAUGUGGCUGCUGGUUUUGGUGGAAUUCCACAGACUGAUAUUAAUAGUGCUAUGAAUUAUAAUGUGGGUGUUAAUCCGGGAUUCUAUGUGAAUCCUGCUGUUGGGUUGAUGGGACAAAAUCCAGGGUUUGGGUUGGCUAAUCCGAUGAUGGCUUUAAAUCAGAGUGGUCUCGCUACGUCUCUUGGAGUGAAUCCUCAAACUGUCAGGUUUAGUGGGAAUUAUGGGAUUAACAGCGUUAGUCCGAGUGUGAUAGCUAGUUAUGCUGCUCAAAGUUCUUUACAGGGUUUAGGUGCUUAUCAAAGUCAGCUGGGAUCUUCUGCCGGGUCAACGGCAGCAGUUGCUGCAAGGCCUCAGUCUUCUGGUUUGGGGUCCACAGGACAAGCUUUUCCGUCAUUCUUUGGCCGCUAGGUAAAGGUCUACUGGUCUAGUCACCUGUCAAUUUAAUUAGCGAGAUGGAGGACUGCUAAAGGCCAUGCAGAAUUGUAGAACUCUUGUUUAUGAAACCAGUCGUUGUCAGGAUAGGAAAUAGGAAUUUGUGAUGUACAAAGUAGAUAGUCUUGUAGAAGCCAUCAACAGUAGGGGACAAUAAAUACAUAAUAGGUGUAAUUUGCAUAGGAAUUAGAUGGCCUUUUCAUCUAAAAGGCACACUAUUUGUAAUUUAUCCAUGAGGAAGAUAAAUUGGCAAAAGUUAAAGCAAUUUCUAUUUUAUCCAUAACCAGCAGAGUACAUUUGCAGGGAAUACAAUUUAUGCCACAGACUGCUAAAUUUUGUUUUUAUCACACAAGUUGAAUAGCUGAUUAGCUUAUGCUUUUUCCACAGCUCAUUGAUUUAAUUUUAAUAAGGCUGCUGGGGUCUUGGCCUAAUAAUAGAGAAUUCAAGUAGUUAAACGCUUGGCCUCUGUAGGAUAUGUGAACUGAAGUGGUAAGACAGUUUGCUAUGG